AUGUUUCUAUCCCUACAGAAAACACCGCAACAAAAAUUCUACAGAGGAGAACUCGAACCUCGAUACAGUCGGAAGACUCCGUUUCGACAGCAAACUGAAAUUCCGGAACCAGUUUUCGGGAUUGGUCAUGGAAUUCGAAGGUUCAAUGGAGACAAAUCAUCACGCGAGGAGACGCCGUUGAGUCCUUUUUUUGGGGAACGAAGAGAACCAGGAAGACGAAAUUCUGGAAGGGAGGAUGGACGAGAUUACGAGGAGAAUGGUGAUGAGGAGAACCGAUUCGGAGGUGGUGGGAGAGGGAGAGGAAGACCAUUUGGAUUUGGAAGACAUGGGUCUCCUGAAGAUGAAGAAGAAGGACAAUUUCCAGGAGGGGAGCACGACUUUAAACGACCAAACCUACCAGAUCCAUCAGUUGUCAAAGAGCGAUUCGAUAAGGAAAGGAAGGAAAAGAAUGACAGAAGAGGAGAGGGCGAAGAUGAGGAAGAGAAUCAUCAGAAGCCGUCACGAGGAAGAGCACGAUCAGGGGAAGAUGAGGAUGGGAAUGGUCAUAAAGGUGAAGAGGAAGAAGAAGAACAUCGUCCCAGAAGACCUCCACCGCGGACCAAGGACAGCUACGAGGAGGAAGAUCAAAGUCACCGGCGAAACUACCGACCUCAUCACGAAGGUCCCGAUCGUGAACGCCAGCACCACCGUGGCCACGAAUCGGAGGAUCAGGAGACUGAGAAUAUUGCCGAAACGCCUUCGAAAGUGGUCGGCUUGAAUAUGCAAAUGGUUGCAGGAGUCUACCCGAAAGAGAAAAAAGGACCCGUAGUCGAGGACGUGGAUAAGAGAGGCGGCCGGUUCGUAGACAAGCCAGAUGAAAGAGAGCAAAACAAGUUUUUUCGGGGCUCCGAGCCAGAGGGGCACGAAGAUCGAGAGAAGGGAUCCGGACGGGAGCAGAAGCCAGAGGAGCCAAGAGAUCGACGACCAGCUAGAGGAGAUUCUGGAGAAUCUGAGAAAGGAGGCAGAGGAGAAAAGUCUGAAGGUGGGGAUGGAAAAGAAGAACGAAGACAUGAAGGAAAACGUGAAAAAUCUGAAGAGCAGCCUAGAAGAGAAGAAAGAGAACGAGGACCAGAAGGACCUCCACGACAAGAUCAGCAACAACAACAACAACAGCAAGCUCCACCGCCUCCCAAACCCCAAAUCCCUCCGUUCCCUGCUUUCCCCAAGUUCCCCUCCUUCGGAGGAUUCCAACCAUUCCAACCAGACUUCCCAACUCGAUCAUUCGGUGGUAAUGGCGGUUUUGCGGGUGGUCCUUGGAACGAACCUGGAAGACCUACCGGACGCCAAACAGCGCCUGGAGAAGACGUUGGAGAGGGUGAAGACCGAUCUGGCCAGGACGGACGACGUGUUCACCAACAAAACACAUCUUCUCCUUCAUCCGACAAUUCGAGUGCCAAUGAUGAAUCUGCCGAACGGCGACAUUCCACCGGCGAUCACGGCAAGGAAAAUGAGAGAGGAAGAAAGGGAGAAGAAAGAGAAAGAGGUGAAGAUGAAAGGGAUGGAAGAGAGCAUCUUGAGUCAAGAGAAGAACGGAAAGAAGCUGAAAUUCCAGAGAAAAUGAAAACGGAGCAGCAGCAACCGCUUCCAGGACCACAAGGAACGAGUCCUCGUAAGGAAUUCCCAACUCCCGGAAGAUUUGUCACAAAUAUCCGAGCUAAGAAGUCAGGAGAGAUUCUUGAUGCAACGACUGCUCCAUCCACAACAUCUACAACAACUCCGUUCCCUCCAAUCACCUAUCCUUCAACCACCACUGCAGCAGCUCCAGCCACCGGAAUCAUGUUGCCAACAGAGGCAAUCGUGACAAAAUUGAGAUCAAUUGUGAAUCAAAGAAUCAAAGUUGCAUGA